CGCCCCCUCUGCCACCUGCAGCCAUGAAUGGUGACCUCAGUGUGUGGGCUAUCUCUCCAGAAGAGAGGAACAAACAUGAUAAACAGUUUGACACCCUCUCUCCCACCCUGGGCUACGUCUCAGGGGAGCAGGCCAGGAAGUUCUUCCUGCAGUCGGGUCUGCCCUCCUCGGUUCUUGCAGAGAUAUGGGCGCUGGCUGACAUGAGUAAGGAUGGGAAGAUGGACAGGUUGGAGUUCUCCAUCUCUAUGAAGCUCAUUAAGCUCAAACUGCAGGGCACGCCCCUUCCCUCAACUUUACCAAUCAUCUUGAAGCAGCCGCCAGUUCCCGCCCCUAACCCCAUGUCCACCUUGCGCUACGGAAUGGGCUCCAUGCCAAACAUUUCUAUGAUGCCCGGAGGCAUCGGCAUGCUCAACCCCAUCCCCAUGACCCCUAACCUCUCACCCAUGACCUCUCACCUCUCACCCAUGACCCCUACCCUCACCCCCAUGGUCCCAACGGCUACAGGCAUGGCCCCCCUGGUUUCCACGUCAACGAUGCCCCUGCUGCCGUCCCUUGGCAGCCCCGCUCUGCCCAACGGCACUAUGGGUAUUCUACAGCAACUCCCACCAGGACACAUGGGGACAGCUACAUCGCUGUUGGACCUGGGCUCAAGCAGCUCCAACUCGUCCUCCACCACCUCCCUGGCAGGUAGUUCUCCUAAGACCGCUCCCUCUGACUGGGCCGUGCCUCACGCCUCGCGCCUCAAAUACAGACAGCAGUUUAACAGCCUCGACAAGCACAUGACGGGAUACCUCACAGGUCAGCAAGUGAGGAAUGCCAUGGCAACCACUCUUCUCACUCAGACACAGCUAGCUACCAUCUGGACCCUGGCUGAUGUAGAUAAGGAUGGGAAGUUAAGAGGAGAGGAGUUUAUUCUGGCCAUGCAUCUAGUGGACGUGGCCAAGAACGGACAACCCUUACCUCUCACACUACCAACAGAACUAAUACUACGAUCACAGAGGGGUUCUGUGAAUGGGACCAGUUUCUCUCUCUAUGCUGGCAUCACUGAAGAACUGGAGGCUGAGCCACCACAGAAAACAAAAAGCAACUUGUCGUUUGAGGAUAAGUUUAAGGCUAACCUGGAGCGAGGGAACGCGGAGCUGGAGAAAAGAAGACGGGCUCUUCAGGAUGCACAGAGGAGAGAGGAGGAGAAACGCCAGCAGAAGGAGAGAGAGGAGCGAGAGAGGAGAGAGAGGGAGGUCAGGGAGCAAGAGGAGAGAAGGAGGAAGGAGGAGGAGAGGAGGCUGGAGCGGCAGAGGGAGAUGGAGAGACAGAAAGAGGAGGAGAGGCUAAAGGAGCUGGAGAGAAAAGAGGCGGCGCAGCGUGAGUUGGAGCGCCAGAGGAAGGAGGAGCUGGAGAGGAGGAGGAGAGGAGAGCUACAGAGCCAGAAGAGUCAGGAACAGGAAGACGUCAGCAAACUAAAGGCCAGGAAGAGGAGUCUGGAGAUGGAGCUGGAGGCAGUGGGUAACAAACAGAGGCAGAUCUCUGAGCGGCUGCGGGAUGCUCAGAGUAAAAGGAAGGUGCAACGUAGCGAGCUGGAGCUGGCCAACCAGAGACGAGACACAGCCAGACAGGACAUCAACUCCCUGCAGAGACAACUAGAGGAGUACCAGAGGAAGCUGUCCCAGCUGACUCCAGAACAGCAGAGGCUCAGUGACAAACUGAGGAACAUGGCCCUCAACAACCUGCCAGUCUCCACCAUAUCCACCCUAAAGCGCAGUGCCAGCGAGAAGGACGGAGCCUGUCGUAAACUGAAGCAACAGGUGGACGCUCUGGAGAAAGAGACGGCUGCUAAACUGGUCGACAUGGAUCAUUACCAGAACGACAUACAGGAACUUAGAGAGAGCCUGCGGAAGCAGCAGUCGGCUCUGGAUAAACUACGGAGCAUCAAAGAGGACAAACGGAGAGAACUGGAGAGACAGAGGGAGCAGGAGGAGGAGAGGAAGAGGAGGGAGGAGGAGGAGAGGAAGAGGAGAGAGGAGGAGGAGGCCAAAAGGCGUAUUAAGCUGCAGAAGGAGCGUCAGUGGCAGGAGAAGCUGCAGAGAGAGGAGGAGGAGACACAGAGGAGGCUGCAGGAAGAGAGAGAGGUCAAACUGAGAGAGGAGGAGGAGAAGGAGACGCAAGCCCGCCUCUUAGCUGCUAAAGAACAGGUAGAACGAGAACGCAGAGCGGAGGAGGAGGAGAGGAGAGAGCAGGAGAGGAGGAGACAGGAGGAGAGGAGAAGCGAGGAGGAAGAGGCCAGGCAGAGGAGGGAGGAGGAGAAGAGAGAGGAAGAGAGGAGGCUGCAGGAGGAGAGGAGAAAGCAAGAAGAGGAGGAUCGGCGCAGAAGAGAGGUGGAGAGGAAGAGGUUAGAGGAGGAGGAGAAGAGAGUGGAGGAGGAGAGGAAGAGGAAGGAUGAGGAGAGGAGGCAGCAGGAGGAGGAAGAGAUGAAGCUGAAGGAAGAAGCGAAAAGGAAGCUGGAGGAGGAGAGGAGUAGGAGAAGAGAGGAGGUGGUGUUGCGGCAGCAGCAGAGUGCAGGGAAGACAGACAUCCGUGGCAAACUGUCAGCCCUUCUUGGAGGACUAGAGGAGAGGAAAGGUGGUCUGCAACCCCAGGCCACGGAGCACAGGAAGUCUGCGACACUCACUUCCUUCCGGGCGCUCUACCCCUUCACCGCUCGCAACCUGGAAGAACUCAGCUUCGAAGCCGAUGAGGUCAUCGAGGUGGAUGAGAGUACGGAGCGGGAGCAGGGUUGGCUGUACGGGAGUCGUCAGGGGAAGAUGGGCUGGUUUCCAGAGAGCUAUGUAGAGAAACAGGCCAAACCAGAGAUACCUGUUACUGUUAAUACAACUCCAGCUGCUGCUACUGCUGUUUAUGCUGCUAAACAUGCCCUCAGACCACAGCUCUCCACCCCCAACAACACCGGGAAACCCGGGGGAGACGCUUCCAUGCCAACGGGACAGAACUCCGCCUUCACGCCUACACACGCCCCUCACCCCGCUCCCUCGGAACAGAUACAGGUGGUGGGUAACCUGCAGGCCCAGGCUCUGUGUUCGUGGACGGCUAAGACCGAGAGCCAUCUGAACUUCAGUAAGGAGGAUGUGAUCCGGGUGCUGGAGCAGCAGGACAGCUGGUGGCUGGGGGAGCUCAACGGGGUUCAGGGCUGGUUCCCCAAAACACACGUCACACUGCUGGGAGACAAUGACAACACCACUGCCCUGACGUAUUCCGAUGAAUCUGAGGCCUCAGAUGCUGCUCAACAGGAAGAGUACGUGGCGCUGUACACCUAUGAGAGCCCAGAGCCUGGCGACCUGACGUUUAGAGAGGGUGAUGUGAUCCUGGUGACCCAGAGAGAGGGAGAGUGGUGGAGCGGAGGCAUCGGAGACCGCACUGGAGUGUUCCCUUCCAACUACGUCAAACCCAAAGAGGCAGACACAUCCAGCAACUCGGGGAAGCCAGAUCAGCAUGGGAAGAAGCCAGAGAUAGCCCAGGUGAGCACUGCCUACACGGCCACAGGAACAGAGCAGCUCAGCCUGGCACCAGGACAGCUCAUCCUCAUCCUCAGCAAGAAUUCCACCGGCUGGUGGCUCGGAGAACUGCAGGCGCGGGGAAAGAAGCGUCAGAAGGGUUGGUUUCCUGCCUCACACGUCAAAAUGCUGGGAUCCAACAGCGGCAAGUCCACACCAGCACGUCUACCAGUGUGUCAGGUCAUUGCCAUGUACGACUACAAAGCAGCCAAUGAGGAUGAGAUGAGCUUCUCCAAAGGUCAGCUGAUCAGUGUGUUCGACAAGAAUGACCCCGAUUGGUGGAAAGGAGAGGUCAAUGGGAUCACCGGUCUGUUCCCAACCAAUUACGUCAAGAUGACCACUGCCGACUCCGACCCCAGCCAGCAAUGGUGUGCUGACCUGAACAGUCUGGACUCUAUGACUCCCCAGGAGAGGAAGAGACAGGGUUACAUCCACGAGCUCCUCCAGACAGAGGAGAGAUAUGUAGAGGACCUACAGAUAGUCAUGGAGGUGUUCCAUAAGCCCAUGUCUGAGUCUGGACGUCUGACGGAAGCAGAGAUGGCCAUGAUCUUUGUCAACUGGACGGAGCUCAUCACCUGUAACACCAAACUGCUCAAGGCCCUGCAUGUGCGUAAGAAGACAGGGGGUGACAACAUGCCUGUCCAGGUGAUAGGCGACAUCUUGGCGUCAGAGCUGGCUCACCUCCAGCCAUACAUCCGGUUCUGCUCAUGUCAACUCAACGGAGCUGCCCUGCUACAGAGCAGGACUGACAACCAACAGGACUUUAAAGACUUCCUCAAGAAAAUCGCCACAGACUACCGCUGUAAAGGCAUGCCCUUAUCCAGCUUCCUGCUGAAGCCCAUGCAGAGGAUCACACGCUACCCUCUACACAUCAAAAACAUCCUGGAGAGUACCCAGGAGGACCAUGCAGACAGCGGGCCCCUGAGAGAGGCUCUGGAGCGGGCCGAGGAGCUGUGUACUCAGGUCAACGAGGGGGUCAGGGAGAAGGAGAACUGUGAGAGGUUGGAGUGGAUACAGACACACGUACAGUGUGAGGGAGUCACAGAGAACUUUGUGUUUAACUCUCUGACUAACUGCCUGGGGCCUCGUAAGCUGCUGCACAGUGGGAAGGUGUACAAGAUGAAGAGCAAUAAGGAGCUGUGGGCCUUCCUCUUCAAUGACUUCCUACUGCUCACCCACGCUGCCAAACAGUUCAGCUCCUCAGGACCAGACAGACUCUUCACCAGCAAGAACAGCACACAACUUAAGAUGUACAAGCCGCCGGUGUUCCUCAACGAGAUUCUAGUGAAGCUGCCUGAUUCCUCCAGUGAAGAGCCCUUCUUCCACAUCUCCCACCUAGACAGAGUCUACAGCCUCAAAACAGAGAACAUCAACGAGAGGACGGCCUGGGUUCAGAAGAUCAAAGCUGCAUGUGCAGACUUCUUCGAGACGGAUAAGAAGAAGAGAGCAAAGGCCUACCAAGCUCGUUCUCUGAAGGCCAGUGGAAUCGGCCGUCUGUUAGUCACCAUCCUGGAGGCCACUGAACUGAAGUCCUGCAAACCCAACGGUAAGAGUAACCCUUACUGCGAGGUGACCAUGGGUGCUCAGAUCUACACCUCCAGGACCCUGAGUGACACGGUCAACCCCAAGUGGAACUUCAACUGUCAGUUCAACAUCCAAGACCUGUACCAGGAUGUCCUCUGCAUCACCAUCUUCCAGAGGGACCAGUUCUCCCCUGACGACUUCCUGGGUCGUACGGAGGUUCCCGUGGCAACCAUAAAGAAGGAGUUGGAGAACAAGGGGCUAGUGACGCGCCGCUUGCUGCUCCACGAGGUCCCCACUGGAGAGGUGUGGGUCCGCCUCGACCUGCAGCUCUUCCAACACAGUGAAUCCAAAUAAGGACUUCCUGGCCAACACUGGACGCUCAAAUAAGGACAUCCUUAUAGAAAUGGUAUCUAACUGCUGGCCUAGGGUCAGAUGCUUGUUACGGUUGCCUAGAUCUGUGGUUAGGCCAGGGGCUACCUUUUACCUGGAGCUGCCAUGGGCAACACCCUCGCUCCUCGUCUGAGGUCAGACCGUCCUUAGCAAUGAUCUGAGGACAGUUUAGUCUUUUAGGACAGUUUACCCUGACUGGUGGUGGGCAGGGUUGGGUUAGUGUAAAACUGAUCCUAGAUCUGUGUAUAGGAGCAGCUUCUAGCAGUAGUGGUUCUACUUGUCUCAGCACUAACACUGAUUGUCUGUUUAUGUUCUCCUCUGCUACUGACUGGUUCUCAUUCGGACAACUUUUUCUUUUGUGAACUCAACCCAGGCCAAUGAUGGGUGAAACUAUUUAUUUAAUGAAGGAUCGUCUUAACUCUAUAUUUGUUCAAGCUAAGAUUUAGUUUGGGAAGGUAAAUACCAGGUGAAAUGGGGAGCGAGGUUAGGAAAGUGUGGUGUUUCUUUCCACAAUAGGUCUCACAUCCAGCGGUAAACUAUCUCAGGACUUGUGUUUUCCCUUUUGUCAGUUCAUAUUACUGCAUCAUAACCGGCUUCUUUUCUUUUGUCUCAAUCUGUUUUCUCUGUUGAGUGUUGGAACAUUAAGAAUACAUGUGCAGAGGAUCUUUAGGAGAUCUUUUGAUUAACGUUAGUUUUAAAACCACAGCUCUUUUUUUGCCUUUUACGCCUGUAAUACUGCACUAUUAACUGACUGAGCUCUCUAUUCAAUCUCUGGGUGUUUCAAUGGAGUAGUUUAUUUUGUCUAAAUUUGAUCUUUAUAAAUGUUUGGGCGAUCUUAAGGAGAUCUUGUUCUUUAGUUGUGGUGUAGUUGCCUCAGAAAUAGUCUAAAAGCGUCUUUAGUUUCUUCCACUCCUGGGCCCAUAUUCACAAAGAGGUUCAGAGUAGGAGUGCAGAUGCGAUCUGUUUAGCUUUUUUUAGAUCAUAGUGAAUAAGAUGAUAUGAACGGGGGGGACCUGAUCCUAGAUCAGCACUAGCCUGGUCCCAGAUCUGUUUGUGCUUUUGCCAACUCCGUUGUCAUUGUCAAGCCAAACAUGUUCUGCAUCGCAGUUCCAUAAGGAGUUGACCAGAGAGCAGUAACAGACUAGUACCCAGGCUAGAUCAGCACUGUUAUUCUGGAACACUCCGUGAAUAUGGGCCCAGAUACCUCCAGUGGCUCUAUAACCACUAGCUCCACCCAGUGGUGUGGUCACAGAUGACUGGAGAACCAGAGUGGCUCUAUAACCACUAGCUCCACCCGGUGGUGUGGUCACAGUUGACUGGAGAACCAGAGUGGCUCUAUAACCACUAGCUCUACCCAGUGGUGUGGUCACAGUUGACUGGAGAACCAGAGUGGCUCUAUAACCACUAGCUCCACCCAGUGGUGUGGUCACAGAUGACUGGAGAACCAGAGUGGCUCUAUAACCACUAGCUCCACCCAGUGGUGUGGUCACAGAUGACUGGAGAACCAGAGUGGCUCUAUAACCACUAGCUCCACCCAGUGGUGUGGUCACAGAUGACUGGAGAACCAGAGUGGCUCUAUAACCACUAGCUCCACCCGGUGGUGUGGUCACAGUUGACUGGAGAACCAGAGUGGCUCUAUAACCACUAGCUCUACCCAGUGGUGUGGUCACAGUUGACUGGAGAACCAGAGUGGCUCUAUAACCACUAGCUCCACCCAGUGGUGUGGUCACAGAUGACUGGAGAACCAGAGUGGCUCUAUAACCACUAGUUCCACCCAGUGGUGUGGUCACAGAUGACUGGUGAGCCAGAGUGGCUCUUAUUUAUUUUAAUUUAUGCAACUAACUAUCCAGGGGCUUUAAUCAGCCUUUGUAAUCAGUGUCUGAAUAGUCUCUCAGUGGCCUUUCAUAUUUUACCAUAUGAACAAAGAAAGGAUUGUGAGAAUAGUCUUUUGAAGGAUAAGAGUCAAUAGAACUACUAUAUGUAAGUCUUUUGUAAGACAGGAAUGGACAAGUGAUUAGCUGGACAGCUAAGUACAUUACUGAUCUAUCAGAGCUUUUCUCCUUAAAUCAUUGUUUUAAUUUUAUUGGGGUUUAACUGUAAGUCCUGUGUUGUCAAUAAUCCCAUGUACUGAUCACUGUGCUAACAGAGUGGAUCCUACAUUGCUAUCUAACAUGCAGUGUUCACAAUGGGCACAGCACUGCACUCACUGAAUCAGGGUUCUAUAAAGAUAAUAAAAUAUAAUUUAAAAC